GCCGGAAGGAGGAUUGGAUUGAUGCACCAACGGUGCUGCUGGCAGCAGUGCCCCCGAGGUGGAGGGGACCAGGCGCGGGCUAGAGGAGAGGAGGACGGGCCCCCGAUCCAGAGCAGCGUGACAGUAAGAGACUCAUUCAGUGACAACUUAUUGACCAUCUGAUGGAUCCAGGGCGCUCUGCCAGAUAAAGGCAAGGCAAAAGAAAGUGUAACCAGUAAAGUCUCAAUUUACUUUGAAAGGAAUGUGAUGUUAAUUCUGGGGCAUUGAUGUUUUACAAUGCCUGAUCAAGACAAAAAAGUGAAGACCACAGAAAAAUCAACCGAUAAAAAACAACAAGGAAUCAUCACCAGGGACUAUUCAGAUCUUAAAAGACUUCUGUGCCUUUUGAACGUUCAGUCAAGCAAACAACAGCUUCCAGCCAUUAACUUUGAUAGUGCCAGAAGCAGCAUGACGAAGUCUGAGCCUGCCAUCAGGGUGGGUGGACAUGGAGCUCGAGGUCAGUGGCACGAGUCCACAGAAGCCAUUGAACUUGAAAAUUUUAGUAUAAACUACAAGAAUGAGAGAAAUUUCAGCACACAUCCCCAGCAUAAACUAUUUCAGGAGAUUUUUACAGCCUUGGUGAAAAAUAGACUCAUAUGCAGAGAGUGGGUUGAUCGAGCCCCAUCUCUUCAUUUUCUGAGAGUAUUAAUUUGUCUGAGACUUCUAAUGAGGGAUCCACGUUAUCAGGAAAUACUCCAUAGCUUGGGUGGGAUUGAAAACCUAGCUCAGUACAUGGAGAUCGUGGCCCACGGGUACCUCGGCUCCGGGGAGGCGCAGCACAGCGUGGACAAGCUGGUCAACAUGACGUAUAUUUUUCAAAAACUUGCUGCUGUCAAAGACCAAAGAGAAUGGGUCACCACAAGCAGAGCCCACAAGACAUUAGUAAAUUUACUCAGUGCCCGAGAUACUAACGUUCUGUUGGGUGCCCUUCUGGCUGUGGCUAGUUUAGCUGAAAGUCCAGAAUGUAGGGAGAAAAUAAGUGAACUCAACAUUGUAGAAAAUCUGCUGAUGAUUUUACAUGAAUAUGACUUGCUUUCCAAAAGGCUCUCGGCUGAGCUGCUGCGCCUGCUCUGUGCCGAGCGUCAGGUGAGAGAGCAGGUGAAGCUCUACGAGGGGGUCCCCAUCCUCCUCAGCUUGCUGCACUCAGACCACCUACAGCUGCUGUGGAGCGUCGUCUGGAUCCUGGUUCAGAUUUGUGAGGACCCUGAGACCAGUGUGGAAAUUCGCAUUUGGGGAGGCAUCAAGCAGCUUCUUCAUAUUUUACGAGGGGACAGAAAUUUUGUUUCUGAUCGUUCCUCCAUUGGAAGCCUGUCUAGUGCCAAUGCGGCAGGCCGAAUCCAGCAGCUUCAUUUGUCAGAAGAUUUCAGCCCUCGGGAAAUACAAGAAAAUACUUUCUCUCUUCAAGCAGCCUGCUGUGCGGCCCUCACGGAACUGGUGCUCGACGACACCAACGCCCACCAGGUGGUUCAGGAAAAUGGUAUAUAUACAAUAGCAAAAUUAAUUUUACGAAAUAAACAAAAGAAUGCAGCAAAAACUAAUCUAUUACAGUGUUAUGCUUUCAGAGCCUUGAGGUUUCUCUUCAGUAUGGAAAGAAACAGACCACUCUUUAAAAGACUUUUCCCCACCGACUUGUUUGAGAUCUUCAUUGACAUAGGACAUUAUGUUCGUGAUAUCAGUGCUUAUGAAGAAUUAGUAUCAAAGUUGAAUUUAUUAGUGGAGGAUGAACUGAAGCAAAUUGCUGAAAAUAUUGAAAGCAUUAAUCAGAAUAAAGCUCCUUCGAAAUAUAUAGGCAACUAUGCAGUUUUGGAUCAUCUUGGAAGUGGAGCUUUUGGCUGUGUUUACAAGGUUAGAAAGCAUAGUGGUCAAAAUCUUUUAGCAAUGAAAGAAGUCAAUUUACAUAACCCAGCAUUUGGAAAGGAUAAAAAAGAUCGAGACAGCAGUGUAAGGAAUAUUGUUUCUGAAUUAACCAUAAUUAAAGAGCAGCUUUAUCAUCCCAAUGUUGUACGCUAUUACAAAACAUUUCUGGAAAAUGAUAGGUUGUAUAUAGUUAUGGAGCUUAUAGAAGGGGCCCCUCUUGGAGAACAUUUCAGUUCUUUGAAGGAAAAACAACAUCAUUUUGCUGAAGAGAGACUAUGGAAAAUAUUUAUACAGCUGUGCCUAGCUCUUCGGUACUUACACAAGGAGAAGAGGAUCAUCCAUAGAGACCUGACGCCAAACAACAUUAUGUUGGGGGAUAAGGACAGAGUAACAGUUACUGACUUUGGCCUGGCAAAGCAAAAACAAGAAAGCAGCAAACUUACAUCUGUUGUAGGAACAAUUCUGUAUUCCUGCCCUGAGGUGCUGAAGAGUGAGCCGUAUGGGGAGAAGGCUGAUGUCUGGGCAGCAGGCUGCAUCCUUUAUCAGAUGGCGACUCUGAAUCCUCCCUUCUACAGCACAAACAUGCUUUCCCUGGCCACAAAAAUAGUGGAGGCAGUAUAUGAACCAGUACCAGAAGGCAUCUAUUCUGAAAAGGUGACCACUAUCAUCAGCAGAUGCCUCACUCCUGAUGCAGAAACCCGCCCAGAUAUUGUAGAAGUCAGCUCCAUGAUAUCAGAUGUCAUGAUGAAGUAUGUAGAUAAUUUAUCCGCAUCCCAGCUGACCUUGGAGAAGAAGCUGGAACGGGAACGGAGACACACACAGAGGUAUUUUAUGGAAGCCAACCGGAACACAGUCAUGUGUCAGCAUGAGCCGGUUCUUCUCUCUCAAGAAUCCUUUGAGAAGGCAAGCUUGAGUAGAAGCAGCAGUGGAGCAGGAAGCCUGAAAAGUGAGCUUUCAGAAAGCACAGACCUGCCACCUGAGGGCUUCCAGGCCCCCUGUGAUAAGGACGAAGACCGAGCCUGUGCUGGAAUCUUGUCAGAUGAUAACUUCAACUUGGAAAAUAUUGAGAAAGAUAUAUAUUCAGAGUUCGAUGAUGAAUUGGACACUUUGGAUAACUCAAGCAGCUCCAGUUCAAGCCCUUUGAAGGAAUCUACAUUCAUCACUUUAAAGAGAAGUUUUAGUGCUUCAGGAGGAGAAAGACAAUCCCAAAAAAGAGACUUCACUGGUGGAAUAGGAUCAAGACCAAGGCCAGCUUUGCUGCCUCUUUACCUGCUUCUGAAAGUGCCAACCCUCAUGCUCAGGGCCCAGGUUAAGGAGCUAGAGGCCGAGUUAGUGAUGGGGUGGCAGUCCCAUAGCCUUCCCGCUGUGAUAACCUUAAAUUUGUCAUCCACAGCAUCUGCAGGAAUUGCUGUGUCCCAGAGGAAAGUACGUCAGAUCAGUGAUCCUAUUCAGCAGAUCUUAAUCCAGCUGCACAAAAUCAUCUACAUCACUCAGCUUCCUCCAGCUUUGCACCACAAUUUGAAAAGAAGGGUUAUAGAGAGAUUCAAGAAAUCCCUCUUCAGCCAGCAGAGUAACCCUUGUAAUUUGAAAUCUGAAAUUAAAAAGUUAUCUCAGGGAUCUCCAGAACCAAUUGAGCCCAACUUUUUCACAGCAGAUUACCAUUUAUUGCAUCAUUCAUCAGGUCGAAACAGCCUAUCCCCAAAUAACCCAACAGGUCUACCCUCCAGCUUUGAUUUGGAGCAGGGGAUAACAUAUGAACAGAUGCAGAUUGUGAUUGAAGAAGUCCUAGAGGAAAGUGGUUAUUACAAUUUUACUUCUAACAGGUAUCACUCCUAUCCAUGGGGGACCAAGAAUCACCCAACCAAAAGAUGAAAGUGCUGCAUUUUGAAUGGACUUGGUUUUCCCAGUGAAGAUCAAGUUCUGGACUUCAACCACUACUGGCAAGAUGCCCAAAGAUUGGGUGCUGCUAAAAGAGUGUGGAAGAGAAAAGACCAACAUACCAUGGUGCCUGCAGGACCUCUUUCUGGAGGUCCAGUGCUAAGAGGCUUCAUCCUUAGGACACAUGUAUACAGGAUGACAGUGUGCUUCUGGGAGAAAAUGCUGCAAAAUUCAUCUGUGAGAAGAAAACCCACUCCUUGCAGAACUUUCCUCCAAGUUAAAAAAA